ACCCCGUGUUUCUCGGCGCUUUGCCGUGCUCCUCGGGCUUCUCUAGGUCUCCUGCUUCUUAGAGAACUUAGCAGCUUAAUUUCCAAAACUUAAAACAAGAGAAACGUCCCUUAAAAUGUCGAGGAAGGUGGUGGUCGACGUUAGAAGCGGUCAGGUAGCCGGCUAACCUGUCAAACCCGACUCAGCUGAGUGUCUUAAGGUUCUGCCUCCAUACUGGAGAAUUCUUGGGAUCAGCUUCCACAGACGAUACUGAAGAUACCUACUGGGCUGCAGAGACGCCGCUUUUAGGAGUCUUCCUCAGACCAUGGCGAACCGGGACGUAACCGAGAACACUCCUCUCUUGGGCAGUUCACUGAAUCUUGCCAGGCCGGAGUCCAUCUUCAAAGGCAGGGGGCUGGCAUGUGCCGCCAUUCUUUUGGCGGAGUCUCUGGAGCGAAUGGCCUUCUAUGGCGUCACCUCCAACCUUGUGCUUUUCCUGAACAGUAGCCCGUUCUACUGGGAGGCCACCCUGGCCAGCCAGGCUCCUCUGAUCUUCAUGGGUGUCACUUACUUGGUGUCGCCAUUUGGCGGCUGGCUGGCGGACGCGUGCCUCGGCAAGUUCUGGACCAUAGCUUGCAGCUUGGUCCUGUAUUUGGCUGGGAUGCUGCUCUUCCCUUUCGUGGCCAACGACAAGUCCAGGGUUGGCCUGUGUGGGCAGGAGAUGGCCUUUCCUGUCCAGCCAGUCGAUUGCUUCAAUAUGAACGGGACCCUUCCUCCUAACGUGACUUGCCUCCCCAGGAGCCCUUACUGUGGAACUAUAAUCUACAGUGGCCUGGUGUUGGUGGCUUUGGGAGUCGGGGCAGUGAAGUCCAACAUCACUCCCUUUGGAGCGGACCAGGUGAAGGAUCGAGGUCCAGAAGCGACGCGGCGGUUCUUUAACUGGUUCUAUUGGUGUAUUAACCUGGGGGCCAUCUUCUCUCUGGGGGGCAUCGCGUACAUCCAGCAAAACGUGAACUUUUCGGUGGGCUACAUCAUCCCUGCCGUGUGUCUGGGGGUCUCCCUGCUCGUCUUCCUGCUGGGACGCACCGUCUUCAUUAACAAACCAGCGGAUGGCAGCGCCUUCACGGAUAUGUUUAGGAUUGUGGGCUCAGCAUUCUGCAGAGGACCCAGUGAACCUCACUUGCUCAGACCUAAACCCAGCCUGCUGGACGGGGCGAAGGUGACCUACGGAGGGAGAUUCCCGGAAGAGAAGGUGGAGGAAGUGAAAUCUCUGAUGAAGAUCCUGCCUGUCUUUCUGGCCCUCAUCCCCUACUGGACUGUCUACUUCCAGAUGCAAACCACGUAUUACCUGCAGAGUCUUCACCUGAGCAUCCCCGGCACUGAGGCUAAUGCUACAGCCAUUCACCCGAUGCGGUUCCAGUUCCCAGCGGCCUGGCUGACGAUGUUUGACGCGGUGUUGAUCCUGAUGCUGAUCCCUCUGAAGGAUAAGCUGGUAGACCCCAUGCUGAAGCGCAGGGGUCUCCUUCCCUCGUCUCUGAAGAGGAUUGCCGUGGGAAUGUUCUUCGUCAUGUGCUCCGCCGUCGCAGCAGGUAUUCUAGAGACGAAGCGGUUGGACAUAGUUCACUCUCUGGGGCCGAUCAGUCAGGUUCUGGGGGGAGUGACGUAUUACGCCGCUGAUCUGGCCAUAUGGUGGCAGGUUCCUCAGUACGUCCUCAUCGGCAUCAGUGAAAUAUUCGCCAGCAUUGCAGGUUUGGAGUUUGCGUACUCAGCAGCCCCUCGUUCCAUGCAGAGUGCUAUAAUGGGACUUUUUUUCUUCUUCUCUGGCAUUGGCUCCUUUGUGGGAUCUGGCCUGCUCGCCAUCGUCUCCCUCAAAUCCAUCGGCUGGAUGUCCUCACACAAAGACUUCGGUAACAUAAACGAAUGUAAGCUGAACUACUAUUUCUUCCUCCUGGCUGGAAUUCAGGGCAUCACCCUUCUCCUCUUCCUCAUUGUGUCGGUGAAGUACGACAAGCAGAAGCCCAGGGUGGGCAGCCAUCGGCCUUCGCUGGCCAGCUCAUGACACACACAUACAUAUAAACGUGCAGAAAACAGUCUCCCUUAGAAAUCCAGACAACUUUCUGAACUCCACACUAGAGCUGCACAAUGUGGAGAAAAUGCCAGUAUCAGGAUUUUAUUGUGGCAUGUUCUGAUUACAGUCAGGGGUGGAUGAAGUGCAACACGGCUGUUCCUGAGAGGAAGCACAAACACUCUUGGUCACAUACUGCUGGAGUAAAAGUAGAAGCAUUCUGAGUUCAUAUCGAUUUGAGUGAAAAAGCAUUUGCUUGUAUUUAACCCUCUAUUGCGCGAUGUUACCUCAGGGCAACAAACUCACUUUCCUCACUUUACAAAGACAUCACACAUAUUUAAAGACAACGACAGGAUUAAGAAUAAAGGAAAGAGUUUGAAUAAGUCAGUAAAAAAUACUCGGUCGCACUUUUAAUUAAGCCUUUUUUAACAUGCAGUAUGAAUUUUUUUGUUAUGAGAAUUUGCUGAAAUAUGUUUGUUGCCUAGAAGCAACACUCUGCGACAGAGGACUAGAUUUAGCCAGCCACAAGCCAGGUCUCACCACUUCAAGGAGAACAGCUUUAUAUCAUUUCUUCCCAUCAUCGCACAAUGUUGCCUCAUGGCAACAUACUCCAAACAGACCCCCGCACACAUUUUAUAAUAAUGGGUCUGAAAAAAUCAAGGACCACUUUAUACAAGAAAAGUGUAUUUCAUUUUUUAACAGCUCUUAUAAUACAUGCAGUAGAGGGUUAAGUAUCAAAAGUAGAAGUAAAAAAAAAAAAAAAAGUAGAAGUAAUAUUUUGCCAAAAGUGUUUGUACAGCAGUGUUAUCCACCCCUGAUUGUGAUGUAUCGUACCGUAUAUUAAAGGGUCAGUCAGCAAUGUGACAUGGUUAGCCUAAUUUUGACCAAAGUAAUAAACUUCUGUUGGAUUGCAGGAAUUCUUUGUUUCACUCAAAAUCUGGAACUGUGAUUGGUCAGAAUGCUCAUUUGAAGGCUCAUUAGUAAGGCUUAUUUGCAUAUUGUGAUAUCAGUAUUGCCGAAGCCAGUGUCACUAUAAUGAUCUACAGGUGAUGCAUUGUGCAGCCCUAGUAACCCUAGCACCCGCACCACCUGCACCACUCCCAUAUCGGCGCACUUCGGCAGGAGUCGGUGCCAAACGAUGUUUCUGCUCGACUUUUGGCUUUAUUUAUUUUUUGUGUAUUUCUUUGGGAUGUUUUGUAAAAAUUGGACGUGUAAUUGACCCUUCUCCUUACUUGAAAUAUGCAAAUAUGGUCAACUUUGGCUUCUAACUUCUGGAGUUUUCAGCUUUUUUUUAAAUUAAGGGCAUGUCCUGUUUAGCAUUUAGCAUUAGCAUUUGCCAUUUUCUAGCAAAAUCUCGUGCAGAAAUGAAUUCGUAGUGUUGAGGGUUUUUAGUAUCGAUUGUAAUGAUUAGCGUGUUUCUGUGGUUUGUAUGAGACUGAAAGUGCAUUACUGAAAUUAUUUCAUAUUCAUUCAAGCCUCAAAAUGAGAAUUUUUGGCACACUUUGUGGCAUUCGCAGUUUCAUAUCACUGUUGGCGGAAGAAAACCUCGUAUCUCCAUUUUUGACGAAUUUUUGUUUUUGACAUAAUUUGAAAGUGCCUGUUCUUUACAUUGUAUGUUGAUUUCAUAAUGAAUGGACUAAAAGAAAUGACCUUAAAUGUCUUGGAAAAAAUGGUCUGGUUCCAUUGACUUACAUUAAAAGUAAAGUAGGUUUUUUCCAUUUUGGAGAUACGAGGUUUUCGUCCCAGAACACCGAUAUGCUAAUAUAUAAUGGACCUGUUUGACCUGCAGAGAUAAACUUAAUCCUUAAGUAAAAUCCAAAAGUACAGUUUGGUGUAAAAUUAAAAGUACCCAGUUUUCCACUUAAUCCAAAUGAAAUCAAUCAGCCAGGACAUAUAUGGAGUCCCAAUUUAGCUACUUUAAUUUAGUGCUGGAGCUGUGAGGAUGAUGUCACUAACACUAGAAAUCACAAGUCACCCAAAUCCUUUCUGGAAAAACUCCCCAACCUGCUGUGUUCAGCUGCACGUUUUAGCUCAUAAUGAGUCAAAGUCCUGCAGAGAAGAUUUAGGUGACUAUUGACUUUUAGUGUAUUCAGCAACGUUAGCCUCCAGCUCCAGCACUAAACUACAGAAGCAAACUUUUGACACCAGAUGUGUCUCAGCACAUCGAAAACAUCUGGGUUAAGUGUAAAAUUGCAGGCAUAACAUUUUUCACCAAACUAUUCCUUUAAGUAAUAUUCUCAGCUUUAACAUUGGCUAAAACAUGAAGUAAAAACUGGAAUUUUAAGACAUUUGUGGGUACAUAACUCUGUUUCUGAGCCCUUUUUGCCUGUGUUUGGUUUUUUGAGGGGUUAUUACAGUGCAAAUAAGUCUUUAUAGUACAAAGUAGUGCAAAAAUGACUGUAGACUGGAAUUUUCUAUGCGUUGUGGUUCCACACUAGUUUUAAACUCAUACUUAUGUACUUAGUGCCUUUACUUCCCUGAGAAAACGAGUGCAUUAAAUAUACUUUAUCUUUACCACAUGAAUACAAUAUAUACAUCAGCACUGUUACUGCCAGAGGUGAGGAAACUGACACAAUAACAGUGUUGAUUUCAUUUUAUUAAGAAGCAAAUACUACUUACAUUUGAAUCAAGUAACUUCAGUCAAGAGUGGACUAACCAGCUGACCGUUCACGGGUCAUUUUCAGAGUUUUGGGAAAUGCUGGUUAAAACAUAAAACACUUAUCUAACUGUAAAGUUGUAAUAUUGGCAAAAUUGUUAUUUAUUUUAAAGGCAAAAAGUACCAUAAAGUACUACCGUACUCUGGGUUCAUCACGUGACUGUGUUUGAAUGGUGGUUCUUACUCAUUGAUUGCACUUGGAAGGUUUGGCUGUGGAGCAUUUUUACACUUAUAUUCAGAAAUGAAACAUUUGUGCAUUUAUUAUUAUUGUGUUUAACUUUGGAUUAACUUAGAAAAUCACAGCUGUUCACUGCAUUUUAACAUCUGUGUUCUGUUUUUGUUUGGUUCUAGUCGGUGCUUGGUUACGGUACUAAUACGUCUUGUCAUACACCAGUUACACGUUGUAAAUGUGGUAUAUCUACAGGAUAAAGCUCGAUUUCUUUCUUAACCCAUUAAUGUCCAUAUCUGAAGUUUUAAAGGGCCCAUAUGCUGGAAAACUGAACUCCCUUACUUUUGUUUGAAGUUCUGGUUCCAUUGACUUACAUUAAAUGUAAAGUAUCUUGUUUUAGGGAUACUAUAUACCAUCUGUGUAUCAUCCAAAGAAAGCAUGUUUCUCCAAAAUAGUAACUUUACAGGAGGAAAAAACCUACUUUUAAUGUAAGUCAGUGGAACCAGACGUCUUUCCAAGUAAUGCUGGAUCAUUUCUUUUGGUCCAUUCAUUAUGAAAUUUACAAUGUAAGGGUCAGCUGAUGUGUGAAAAAAUCAAAGGUACAUGGUUUUCUUUGGACAGCCAACAAAGCAAAAUCAGCCUGUUUGGAUUUCCUUUUUAUGUCACAAAAACCAAGGCAUGAAUCCACCUGUUUAGCCUUGGUUUCUGUGAUACCACAAAAACAAAAUAGGUGGGUUUCGGUCUGAUUCGGUCUCGAUGAGGCACAAUACAGUGCGGCCAAUCAGGACAGAGCUCAUUUACAUAGCUCAGUCUUAAAGGCGCAGUAAGAAAAACAGCCUUUGUCUUUCUAAUUGAAAAUAAUCACAUAAAAAUGAAUUCUGACCACACAGCUGUUGGAAGUGAUAUGAUACGUUGUAAAUGAUAAUAUCAAAUACAAAAAAAGCAUCACAAGUGCCAUUUAAAUUUCUUGUGGUCCGUAUCGCUGCUGUCCAAAACCUUGUACCUCUAUUUUUGUCCUUUUUCAGUUUUUAACAUAAUUUGAAAAUGCCUGUUCUCCUUUACAUGGUGCGUAAAUUUCAUGAAGAAUGGACCAAAAGAAACGGCCCAAAAUUCCUUGGAAGACGUCUGGUUCCAUCGACUUACAUUAAAAGUAAAGUAGGUUUUUUCCUUCACCUGUAAAGUCACCGUUUUGCGGAUAUGAGGUUUUCUUCUGUAAGCGGCGAUGUGCUCUCAGUUGUUCUCAAAUGGGAAGAAUGUUUUGAAAUCAGUCAUAUUGCAUUAAAUACAGUCUUAGUCUGAAUGAGAGUUUUAAGAGAACAAGAGAAAAUCCACAUUUGAUUGGGAAUAAAAGUAUGAAAAUGACCAUCCAAAACUCUCAAUUGGAAACUGCAUAUCUAAGGUUGGACAUGAAUGGGUUAAAUGAUUGAUUAUGCCACCUGUAAGGCAUUAGAGCACUAUUUCCACUGAUAUCAUACCAGACCUCACUGCCUUAUGGGUCUGUAUUAAGAAGGAGCUCCACCAAAUUUUCAAAAUUUGCAUGAUUAAAUGGUUAAGAUGUAAAGAAAGUCACUCUGAGUGGUUUGGUGUGAAAUGCUCUGUCAGAACUGUUCGCAGUGGUGGUGAUAGGAUGGGUGGCACUCCCGUUUUAAGAGCGAGUCUGAGUAGUUAUGCAGAAGGACUGUUUGAUUACGGGUGUAAUAUAAACACCGCAGUAUCAUCAGAUUAAAAACCUGGAGAUUUUACUAAACAGUCCGGAUUGAUGCGAGAAUUCAUCCCUGACGUCUCUGAUGUUGUAAAUGCUUAAGUAAUGAAGUUGCACUUCUGCCUGUUUACAGCUGCAGGUCACUUUAUCUCCUCUCAGGUUGAUGCUAAUAUGUUCAGCCCGAGUCAUUGUUGGGGUAUUAAAUGUGAAGGAUCACUCCUCUGAAGCUGUUUCCGCAGCUCUGGGACGAGCGAAGCCAUGUCUGAGAUUAAACGCUUGAUUUUACCUGAAAAGAUGUUUGUAGGAGAAAAUAGUUUUUCUUUUUCUGCUUUUGAAAUGUUGAUGCUUUUACUCUGAAACUGAGACUGAUGACUGUUUGUAUUUGUUCAUUAAAACUUUAUUAAAUCUCA